AUGUCCCACAAACCAACACUCGUCUUCGUUCCCGGAGCAUGGCACCGUGCCGAAAUCUGGGAGAAAGUAACUGCACUCCUAAAAGACCAACACUACAGAUGUAUCCCCAUAGAACUCCCCUCCACAGCCGGCGAUGCCACGAUAGGUUUUGAUGAUGACAUCACAGCAGUACGAAAUACUAUAUUGUCAGAAACCAAACAAGGUCGCGAUGUGAUACUAGUUGUGCAUUCGUACGGCGGCGCAGUCGGUCAAAGUGCAGUCAAAGGACUCACCCGUCGCCAUCCCGAUGAUCUCGUAUCUACGGAUGAGAAACCAACUGGUCAUGUUGUAGGUCUCGUGAUGAUGGCUUGUGGGUUUGCGCAGACGGGGUUAAGUUUCAUCGAUGCGAUUGGGGGAACACCUCCGCCAUUUUGGAGAUUCAAUGAUAGUGGGUUUGCGCUGUUGGAACUUCCUGCGAGAGAAUCGUUUUAUCAUGAUCUUCCUGAAGAGGAAGGUGAAUAUUGGGUGAGCAGGUUGAAGAAACAAUCGCAGAAGGUUUUGAAAGAGGGUGGGGAAUGGGCGUAUGCGGGUUGGAUGGAUGUGCCGGUUUGGUAUUUGACUACGAUGGAUGAUAAGACGUUUCCGGUUGAGGUGCAAGGAAUGUUUGUUAAGAUGGCGAAGGAUGCAGGAGCCGAUCUUACGGUUAAAGAGGUUGUGAGUAGUCAUUCGCCGAUGUUGAGUAGACCGAAAGAGACGGUAAAAUUUAUCGUGGAAGCGGCUGUUUCACUGGCUCAUUGA